GGUAAAAUUUUCAAUUUUCAGUAGCACAUGUAUUCUCAUGUGGUCUUUAAAUUUACACUGUUUGUAAACAAAUAACAUUAAUUUUCGUUAAACAAUUUGUUUAUUUGAUUUUAUUUAGAAAUAUCAAAUUGGAGAAAAAAUGAAAUGCAAUUACAAGUUUAGCAAUUUGCUUGGGACGGUUUACUCUGCUGGAGAUUUAAUUUUCUCAAGAGAUGGAACAUCUGUUAUUAGUCCAGUGGGAAAUCGUAUAACAAUUUAUGAUUUGAAAAAUGACAAAUCCACAACUCUUCCUGUGGAAAGUAAAUAUAAUUACAAUGCUCUUGAUUUGUCACCAAAUGGAUGUAUUUUAAUUGCAGUAAAUGAAGAGGGUGAUGCACAUUUUAUAAGUAUGAUCAGUAAAAUGAUAAUUCAUAAACAUCGUUUUAAACGACGAGUGAGAAGUGUGAAAUUUUCUCCAGAUGGAAAACAUUUUGCUGUAUGCAAAGAAAAUAAUGUAUUUAUAUUUAAAUUCUCUGCCUACGAUUUCGAGAAUUACAAACCCUUCAUAAUGGAACGUGUAUUCACUGGAGCUUCAGACGACACAACCUGUAUAGACUGGUCUUUCGAUUCAAAAUUAUUGUGCAUUGGUUCGAAAGACAUGACCACUAGAUUAUACAGUAUUGAUAAAGAAGUAAAUAUAAGAAGUUAUUCAUUCGCUAGUCAUUCUGACGUAAUGGUAGGAUGCUUCUUCGAAAAGGACAAUUAUGAUUUGUCUACUAUCAGCAGGAACGGACACCUUUGUGUAUGGGAGUGUUCUCUCGAACCUAAGGAUCUUUCAGAAUAUCAAGCACCACUGAAAAAGAGCAAACACACAAAUACUCCCAAUGAGGAAAAUUAUGUAGAUACUGAGAAAAUAGCGGAAUUAUCAUUGAAUGAGGAAUCGGAUGCAUUGCAAACUUUGGAUGCAAAUAAAAAUGAUAUACAAGAGGAGGUUAAAAAUGAGGUGCGUAAAUUGAAGUACAAACGGUUGGGAAGACAUUAUUUAGCAGACGCUGCAAGGAAUGAAUCAAAGGACGUAAUUUUGACUAGCGCUGCGUAUCAUUCACCAAAUCACAUUCUUGUUGUUGGUUUCAGUAAUGGAGGAUUCUUUCUCUAUGAACUUCCAAGUGCAAUUCUUAUUCAUUCUCUAAGCAUUCCCAAUCAAUGUAUAUCAACAAUUUCUAUUAAUCCCACCGGUGAUUGGAUUGCUGUUGGAUGUUCGGAUGCCGGACAACUAUUAGUCUGGGAAUGGCAAAGUGAAUCCUACUGUCUCAAGCAGCAAGGACACAGUAACAAUAUGACCAGUCUCUAUUACAGUCCAAAUGGUCAAUACAUAGUUACAGGUGGUCACGAUGGAAAAGUAAAAUUAUGGAACACUGUCAAUGGAUUUUGCAUCACCACUUUUAAUGAACACACUUCUUCUAUUAGUGACGUUACAUUCAGUCAUAAUCAAAAGUUUAUUGUCUCCUCAUCUUUGGAUGGAAGUAUUCGUGCUUACGAUUUGGUACGCUACAGAAAUUUUAAGACGUACACAACUCCAAAGCCAGUUCAAUUCUCCUGCUUAGCACUUGAUUCAAGUGACGAAUUUCUUGCAGCGGGUGGUCAAAAUGUUUUCGAAAUUUAUCUAUGGAGUGUUCAAACUGGCAAAAUGGUGGAUAUUUUAAGUGGACAUGAAGGUCCAGUAGUGAGUUUAGCUUUUAAUCCAAAUUUAGCGAGUACUCAAUUAGCAUCGGCAUCUUGGGAUAAAACAUUGAGAUUGUGGAAUGCAAUUGACAGUGGUUCUACUUAUGAAUCGAUUCUGUUAACUGCUGAUGCUUUGUGCGUAGCUUUUAGACCCGAUGGUAAAGAAGUAGCAGUUGCUACACUCGAUGGUCAAAUAUCAUUUUUCCAUUCUGAAACUGGAACACAAACAGGAAACAUAGAGGGGAAGAAGGAUUUAGGUAGUGGUCGUUCUACUACGGAUUUAAUUACCGCUAAAAAGAGUCUCGAAGGAAAAUCAUUCACAUCUUUGUGUUACUCAGUCGAUGGAACUUGUAUACUUGCCGGCGGACAGUCGAAAAAUGUUUGUCUCUAUAAUGUUCAGGAGUCGAUUUUAUUGAAGAAGUUUGAAGUCACGCAUAAUAUGUCCUUAAAUGCAGUUUCUGAUGUUUUUAAUCGUCGUAAAAUGACUGAAUUUGGUUACGCGAGUUUAAUCGAGGAGAGAGAAGAAAACGAAGGUGGCAAUGUUAAAGUCCGAUUACCUGGAGUGGUGAUGGGAGACAUGGCCGAAAGAAGUGCAAAACCAGAAAUUCGAGUAUUUUAUAUUCAGUUUUCACCAUUAGGUCAAUCCUGGGCAGCAGCAACAACUGAGGGUUUGCUAAUAUACUCUUUGAAUGCUGCUUUAUUAUUUGACCCUUUCCAACUUGAAUUAGGAGUAACACCAGAGGCAAUAGAUAUCGCUUUGCAGUUAAACGAGUAUUCUAAAGCACUGAUUGCGGCCUUGAAACUUAGUGAAAUUUGUCACAUUCGUAAAGUUGUGGAAAACGUCCCUCUAUGUGAUAUUUCCCUUACGAUUUAUAAUCUACCUGAUAUUUAUGUGGAAAAACUAUUGACGUUUAUUGCUGAUGAAUUGGAAACUACUAAGCACGUACAGUUUUAUAUAAAAUGGAUUAAUACUAUUUUUAAGGAACGAGGUGAUCUCUUCAAUACAUUAACUCUAAUGCCUGUUUUAAUAAUGUUACAAAAAAGUACUCAGGAAAAAUAUGACGUUCUCAGUAAAUUAUGUGACUAUAAUCAACAUACAAUGAAGUAUUUCAAACAAAUGGGAAAGUUGAAGAAAAUACAGGAAACUUCAGUUGAUGAAAUUCAUUUGGAUGAAUCUUAAAAAUGUCAAAAUGUUCAGAGGAUAGAAAUAAAUUGGAAAUAUAAUUCAUAAAUUAAAAAGCCAACAAAAAUUGAAAUCAAAAGUUGCCAAGAUUUAACAUCUGCUCUUUGAUGCUUUAAUAAUUUGUGUAUAGUUUUGUAAAUGAUUCAAAAGAUAAUUUUAAUUAAAAAUAUUUUUGAAUAUCAAGAGA